AUCAUUUAAUAAAACAAACCACAAAACCACCCUUAAAAACAAAAAUAAACAAAAUGUUCAAAUUCUUUGCUUUGUGUUUAAUGGCUGUUGUUGCCUUGGCUGCUGCUAAACCUGAUAUUGUUGCCUAUUCCUCACCCUAUACUGCUGCCUAUACAGCCGCCUAUACUUCACCCUAUGCUGCUGCCUAUUCUGGUUAUUAUGAUUAUCCUUAUGCUGCUUCUUAUGUAGCUUCUCCUUACACUGCUGCUUACUCUACUUAUCCUUAUGCUGCUUCAUACUUGUUGCGCAAGUAAAUGUUGUGUUUAUUUAACGAGAAUUUAAGAAUUUUUUCAUAAUUGUUGUGUAAUUGUUUUUUUUUGUUAAAAGGUUUUAA